AUGGAUAAUUUUGAAAUUGUAUUUGCAGUUCCAUUGGAAUGCAAUGCCUGUGUGGAAUCAGUAUCAAAUGUAUUGAAACCAUUGAGUGGUCUCGCCAAAUAUGACAUUGAUUUAGAGAAGAAUCUUGUGACCACCACAGGAUCAAUUCCUCCUUCUGAGAUCGUUAGAGCUAUCCAAGAAACCGGUAAAGAUGCUAUAAUACGUGGAACAGGAAAACCUAACUCAGCUGCUGUUUGUAUCUUGGAAUCGUUUGAUCCUGCUGACGUCGAACAGCCAGUUAAAGGAUUAGCUAGAAUUGUGAGUGUAUCCCCUUCUAAUCUUUUCAUUGAUCUUACCGUAAAUGGUCUUCCAAAGGGGACAUAUUACCCAUCGAUUCGUGUUUCAGGUAACUUGCUGGAAGGUGCCAAAUCUACUGGUGAUGUUUUCUAUGCACUCGACCCAGUAGAAAUCAACCAACCAUCUAAUUCUUCCACCACUAUUAACUCACUUGGAGCAGGAACUGAAUCUACAACUUCAUAUUUUGGACAAAGUUUCUUACGUGCAAAUUUGGGAAUUGAUGAACUUAUUGGUAGAAGUGUUAUUUUAUCAAAAUUAAAGAAUGAAAUUAGUAAUGAUUCAUUGUGUGGCGUUAUCGCUAGAAGUGCAGGCGCUUGGGAAAAUGACAAACAAGUUUGCAGUUGUACUGGAAAGACUGUUUGGCAAGAAAGAGUGGAUGCCGUAGGAAAGGGAUUACAAGUAUAA